GUGAAGUGAGGUGCAGUGUGUUGUGUUGUCAGUGUGGCCGCCACGGAGGUAAACAGCACGUCAACCCGGCACUCGCUUUCACAUAUUGCGGUCCCUGAAACGCCGGCAAAAUGUUGCAGCUCGAUUUUCUGGACGAUUUAAGACGAAUGAACAUGCGUCAGCUGUUCUACCAAUUGCUGAAUUUUGCCAUGAUUGUGUCGUCAGCACUCAUGAUAUGGAAGGGCCUCAUGGUGGUGACUGGCAGUGAAAGUCCCAUUGUUGUUGUCCUCAGUGGCAGCAUGGAACCAGCCUUUCAACGAGGAGAUCUUCUUUUCCUCACCAACUACGAGCAGGAACCCAUCCGUGCUGGGGAGAUUGUUGUUUUCAAGGUGGAGGGACGUGACAUACCGAUUGUUCACCGUGUCAUGAAGGUCCAUGAAAAGGAAGAUGGAUCAGUCAAGUUCCUAACCAAGGGUGACAACAACAAUGUGGAUGACCGUGGGCUUUAUGCUAAUGGCCAAGCGUGGCUAAACCGGAAAGAUGUGGUAGGACGAGCACGAGGUUACGUCCCCUUCAUUGGGAUUGUCACUAUCAUCAUGAAUGAUUAUCCGAAGUUCAAGUAUGCAGUAUUGGCUGGGCUGGGACUAUUUGUACUAGUACAUCGGGAAUGAAGUAAUGUAAUAGACAUUUCUUAAGUCCGUUAUUUCUUGUAAAAAAAUCAAGUGCCAACUUUUGGCAUUCAUAGAUUCCAUUCUUAUUUUCAUUCUUAUACCUUAAUUGAGGUGCUUAAUUGUACUGGUAAACAAGACUGAAAAUACAAAUUUUUAUAAGAAUUUUUUUGUUUUGUUUUUAGUAACCAUCAGCAAAAAAGAACUGCUUUUGUAUUGUAAUUGACAGUUAGGUGUUUACCUUAUGUAGCAUGCACCAUUCUUACACAAUACAUGUUUGUUUACUUAUGUGAAUAUCAUGUAUAUAUAUUUACAUAUACCAAUAAAUGCUCUGGUUUAGCAGAUGUAGUGUACAUCAAAAGAUUAAUGAUACAUGAACAUAUACAAUAUGCAGUGUAUUUUCUAUCACAUGGAUGCAUUAUUCUUUUAUACCCAAAAAGAAAAAGAGGUUAUAGAAUAAGUAGUAAAAUGAGUGUGACAUUUUAAGUACAUGUGAAAUUUAUGUAUGUAAAAUACUUAGACUGACCACUUAUUGUCUGAGUGAUAGUACUCUUUACAAAGAUAACAAAGUAUUAGGAAGUUAUCAGCUACCAUCUAUCAGUGUAUAUUAUAUAAAUGUUCAAAAUGUCUCAAGUUUAAAGAUGAAAAAGUACAUUUUUGUGGUUGUAUAAUCAACUGAAAGUAUUCUUAGAUAUCACAUGUAACUUUUAUAUCAUUGUGUUAUUUAUACAAGAAUAUUGGUUAAAUUCAUAGUCUCUUAUGAGUAAGUUAAUCAUCUGCAAAGUGAUCUCAAAUGGUCAAGCUUCCCUCUCUUGUCUAUAAAAUCAGUAUUAAAAACCAUCUAAAUUGUCAGGUGUAUUUGCGUUGAUGUGUGUGCCUAUCUGCACUCACUUUCAUUAGCUGUUAUUCCUAAAUUGUUUGAUCUCAUCAAAGAGCCGCUCUCACUUUUGCUUUCAGUAUUGGAAGUGAGUGGGAGGGAUGGCUAGCACUGACUGUGAUAGUGGGGCUCAUGACCAUUGAUUAUAUCAGAGUUCACCUUGGUGAUUAUGGGAUCAGUGAAGAAUGUUAUAGUAGACAUUGUCCAAGAAUACUUCAGAUUGAUUAUUUAGUAAAGAAAGCACCUUUGUUAUUAGUGCAGCCAUAAAAGAAACUUGACAGCAGUUAGUGUUUUCCUGGGCUGAAAGUUAAAUAUGAUAUGCAACUGGAGUUGUUCUGGUGUCACUCCAAAUAUUCAGACCUUUUCAUGGUUGUAGUUGAAUGGAUUCUACAUUUAAAGAUUUUUGGUGUUGGGGGGGAUUAUGGUGAUUGUUUUCCUUUUAUGUUUUUUGCUUGUUGUUUACAGGUUAUGUUAUACCUGUUGGAAUAGCUUCUUAACCCAAACAGUGUCAGGAUCAUGACAUAGUAAAGAAGUUCCAAUCUUUUUGUUAGUGGCAUAUCUUAAAGUAAGCCAUUUUACUACCAUGCUUAUGGUGCAUGGUUAAAAUCAUGUAUGUAAUGCUGAGAGGUUUGCCUCCAUGAACUGAAACAUUGGUAGCUCUUUGGGACAACAGAUGAGCUUAUGAGUAUGGCUGAUGUAGAUGAUCCUGACUUUUAGGCCCCCAGCCUACUCUAUGAUUAUGUGAAUGUCUCUGUCUACUUUCUAUUUCUUUUUUUCAUAUUUCCACCACCCCUUCCCUACAUGACAGAGACAGUCCCUUACCCAUCUCCUGAAAAACAAUAAUAAUAAUAUAAAGAAAUAAAAUAAAUAAUUAAAAAUAAAUAGAUAAUAAUGAAAUGAAAAUAUGGUAAUAAAUGACACUAUAUUAUGCAACAUAUACCGAUGCAGAGACAGUUAACUUUUGCCACUGAAAAAUUAGGAAGUGAUGCACCAAUAGUUGUUCAUCACUCAUAAAGCAAAAUGAAAAUUGCCACUCAUUCUUACUUCUGCAGGUAGUGUAAGUAGCUCAACUGCUAGUGACUAUUAACUUUUUGCCACAUUCUUUGAGCCACCAAUUACUUUAUUACUGAUAUUCCUUCACUGUAGAACAGAAAACUUAAAACAUGAAAAUGCAAGAGUUGGAAAGCACUGGGGUUUGUAAAACAUAUAUAAAUCAACCAACACUGUAUGGGUUAAAAGUAAUGAUGCGGUGCAGGAAGUAGGCAAUUCAUUCUCAGUUGAUUUUAGUUUUAGAAAAUCAUCAGAUGAGUAUAAGUGCACUGAUUCUCUUCAGAUUUUCAUAGUAUGCAGACUUUUGGAAAUGUUUUUGAAAAAUCAUAAAUUGUAAAUAAAUAAAUAACAAAAUCUUCAAGGUGGUGUCUCAUGUUACUAGCUCUACAAAAUUAUUCCAAUUUUAUUACUGGAAGUCAUCAUGUCUAGUUUGGUAAUCAAGUAAAAAUGCAGCUUUCAGUGGCAUGUCUCAGCAGGAAAACUGGCAUGAUGUAAACAUUACAUUACAAAAAUUUUAAUAAGCAUUCUGCAACUUUUCAUUUACUAAUUUCUUCUAUACAAGGACACCUCAUCAUCAGAUAUGACUGCAACAAAAAAUAAUUAGCAUUAGAAAAGACUAAAGAAUACAUUUACACAUUUUAUAAUAAAAUUUUUCUCUUACACAUGGUAAUAUUAAAAGAUUACUACAUAGUGGAUAUAAUAUAGCUUGCAAUAUUUUACAUGAUAAUAAUGCAAGAAAGGCAGAAGUGUUCUUGUGAAGCUGUUUCAGAUGUCUAGUACAUACACCACUGAUGUAUGUGAGCUGUCACAUUGACAGUGAAGUAAUACAGAUUUGUACUUAUAAUCACAAACAUGAACAUUCUCACUGUUCACACUAUAUGUUUCCUUUUUUUUUUUUUUUUUUCUGUAAUUGACUAGCAGUGAAAAAUCACAUAUAAGUGCCACUGGAUGACAGUAUGAAUGCAAAUUUCUCAAGCACUAAGGUUUAAAGCUAAAAAUGCAGCUUUCGUUUUCAUAUUCUUGUCACCACUAAUAAUCUAUGACUUCAAAUUACUAAGGAAGUUGAUGUAUAUACUGCCUCUGAAGCCAUUCAUUGUUAAUUUUUAUCAACUAUUUCAUUUGGUUUGUAUUUGUUUAUUAGCUUACCUUACCCAUUUUGGUUAUUCAAAAACCUCACAUCAGAAAUACAAAUUUUUUCAUGAAAUACCACCUUCAAGAAUUUUGGAUCUCCAGGUUCAAAAUGGAGGUUCAAACAUUACUCUUAAAGUAAGGCAUACCCUUCUUUUUAUUGUGAGUGUCUAACUUUCUUUCUACAAGUUUUUUAUAGUUAAAAAUAUAAUAAAAUGUACGUACACA